AUGGCCGGAGGGACAGGAGACGGCGGUGCAGCUUCAUCGGCCGGGCCUUCUAGUACGCUCACAAGCGGCAUGUCCGUGUCGGGCCUGUCAAACCACCUGCGCCUCAGCGAGGGCCUGAGCUGCCUCGACUACCAUCCAAGCUUUCGCGCGCUGGCGAUCGGUAGCACACGUCAAGUUCACGUGGUGGAGGUGAUCGCAAUAGUGGGCCACGACGUGGCGGCCGCAGUGCGGCAGCACCGACAGCGGCAGCAGCAGCAGCAACAGGCAAACACGUAUGCAGUCACGCCACCAGACAGCGAGCGCGCUCACGCCUCCCUCGGCACCGCGGCCUCGUCCGACCUCCCUGCAUCGCCGCCGCCGCCGGUAGGGCCUGCGCCGUUUUUGAUGCGUAAUACCGGUGUCUUCGGCGGCCUCAACAAGGUGGAGAGCGUCGCGUGGUACCCGAGCACUGAGGAGGCCUCUCUGGCCUUCAUUCAGCCGGCGCGAACAGUGACCAUCUUCCUCGACGCCAUCCAGUUCAAGGCGGACGGUACAUACCUCCCGCAGCAGUGGACGCGCUCGCAGUACAAAGGCAAGACUCUCACCUCCGCCAUGGCUGCUGGCGGCGGCUCGACGGCGAUGGCGGUCGUGGCAAACCUCGACUGCGUCUCGGGGGGGAUCACACCGGCAGCCUCGACGACCAGCCUGGGCGGUAGCUCCGGGCUCUACACACCUGCCUCCGCGUCACUAGUCAGCUCCCCUUCCUACAGCGCCGCCUCCGCCUCCCAAGGCAGCGCGCCGCACGAGACUAGCUUUUCCACACCGACCAGCUCAGGCUUCUCCACAACGGGGUUUGCGGCCAGAAACCUGCCCCAUGCUGUGCGGAACCUGAAGGGACCACUGGCGAAGGAGCUGAUUGAGCUGAACAUCGACAUCACGUACAUGCGAGUGGAGAAGAUCGUCUGGGAUCCGCAUCACCCCUACACUCUCGCUCUCAGCUCUCCAGCGACCCACUUUGAGGUGUGGCAGGUACCCACGGACGGCUGGCGCGUCUACGCGCCCCAGCUGGUGCUGCGACCGCCGGCGCACAACACGCGCAGCGUCGUUCGAGACAUCGCCUUCUCACCGUCCAACCCCGAUCUCAUCGUCGUGGUCACGGAGUGCGGUAACACCGGGCAGGUGCUUCUCUACUCGCGUCGUCAAGUGGAAGCGAAGCGGUGCUUCGACAUUAGCGGUCCGGGCCUGUCCGUCGCCUUCCACCCCAUCUUCUCCGACCUUCUCGCCGUGUGCUUCCGCCGCGAGAAGACAAAGCCCGACACACGCAUAUCAUUCCUGCAGGUCAUGCCUGUCGGUGGCGCCGCCGCUGCGUGGUUGUCCGGGGUCGCCACGGCCGCAGCGACAGCGGUACCCGCCACCUCAUCAGAGCCCGAAGGAAGUUCACUCGCCGCCUCGUCGGCGUUAGCAUCUGCUGCCACUGCCCCUGAAAGUGCAGACGCAAGCUUCAUGACCAAGAUGGUUCCUGCCAGCACGUCGUCGUAUCUCGUCGAGCAGCCGUAUCUGCCCCAUAUCGACAACUACGUGUGCAUCAGCCGCAUACGAUGGCGACCCUCAUCCAUGGGAAGGCUCACGGAGCCGAAGCGGCACCAUUACAUGUCUUUCACGCCCUCUGCCCAGGCGCUCUUGGCGGCGUGCAACUUGCCCAACUCAACUGUCCCAUCCGCCCCUGGCGCCUUCACCUGGGUUGACCUGCUGCACUCGCAGCUAUGGUUCGCAUCGGCGGCGAUGACGACCGACACAGACCUUUCCAUCUGGGAUGCCACCAACGGUUUUUUUCCUGUGUGCGUCGUCAAGCACCUCGCCCCGCGCGGUGACACUACGACCAACGAGUCGAACGACUUUGCGUGGCUCAAUGAGCUGACACUGGUGACGAUUUUCAAGAGCGGCGACGUGGUCUGCACCAGCCUUCUGAACAGCCUUCCAGAAGACUCUGUCAUGACCAGUGCCGAGCGGGUGCAGCUGCGGGCAGUGAAGCAACAGCAACAGCAGCAGCUUCACCGGCUACGCCAGCAGCUUGAUUCCAAGUCGAGAGAUGAACUCGGCGAGCCGUACAGCAAGCGAAUCGCAGAGGGAGAGGCGUGCCUGGCUAUGCUACCGGCGUAUGUGCGUGACCCGUACGCGGAUCUACUCACCACAUUCACCGUUCUGCCGACUACCUCCAUCGUGUCCGACCUCUUCGGACACUCCUACACCAUUCGCAACACGAACGCGGCCCUGCGGCGUCACUACCAUCAGAUGAUCCGACGUGAGUGCGGGCAGCUUAUCCGCCGUCUUGCCAUUCAAGUGUCAAAGGAAGCCGUACUACGCCAGCAGUGGACGAGCAGGCGGCACCAGCUCCCCGGCAUCACUCCGUCCACUGGGCCCAGCAUGUCGAGUGGCCUCGCGGCCCUGCAGGAGCAGCGGUCGCGCCGCCCACGCUCGCCAUUCACGCAGACGGGCGGCCUCCGCGGUCGAGCCACGUCGUCGCAAGACUCCAACUCGACGCCGCCGAGCCCGCAGUGCAGAAUGCUGACGCGGCGAUGCUCGGUUGCCAACCCGUCGUCGUCGACUGGUUGGCGGCAGAUGCCCGUAGCGGCGAUCUGGGGAGACGGCACCGCGGCCGACGCCAUCGGACUCCCCCAGCACCCGCAGUGGAGCCUGGAGGACGUGAGCGAGGCGGGAAUGGUCUCCCCGCAGCACUCCCGAGAACCGAGGCGCCACGCCAGCAAUGCGGGCGCUGGCGGCGGUGUCAGCAGCGCCUCGCCCCAUCCCUACCUCGGCGUCCAUCACGAUGGAGGAAUGGAAGGUCAGUCCGUGAGGGAUGUUGAGGCGAGCGGCCACGUCUCCUCUCCGUAUCCCGAGGUGACGCAUGUGGAAGAAGAGGCAGCGGCGGCUACUGAACGCAUUAGCUGCAGCUCCUCUCGCACAUCCUCCGCAGUCGCUUGGAUCAAGCGACUGUUGGACUCUUCAUGGCGCGAGCAAUUUAGUCGCAACCGGUCCAGCGAACCCCGUGAUCAGUGCAUCUUUCACUCGCCAGGCCGUUCGCAGGUGGAAGAUACAGCUCUCGUCAUCAACGCUGGCGACGACCGCCCUGCGGUCUUGGCUAGAGUGCUUGACGUCACUCCGAGCCUGAGUAUUGUACCAUCGUCAGACGAUGUCGCCGUUGCCUCCCCGCCUCCGUUGCGUUUGCGUCAGCUGCCACCUUGUGGAGCGGCCUGUGGUAGUGGUACCUACGGUUCAUCUAGUCUUGGUCCAGCUCAGUCCACAGCUACAUCGCCGAUCAGCGUCAUACCCAUCGACAACAAUAGAAGCAGCUGUGGAAGUCCACACCAGCUUGCCCCGACAGCGCUGGCUGCCCAAGUACACGCGGCAGCGGCACACAGCUUCCCUGCGUACCCUGGCGCAUCGACGAGCGCCAACGCCUCCGUGAGCUCCGCAUGUUCCCCACAGCAGCAACGCGUCGGCAGCGGUCGUGGUGGGCCCAGCCCUUCCUCACUCCUGCUCACAAGCUCCUCUCUCGGGGCUCUUCCCUCGGUGCCCGGUGACCUCGACAGCGUCGGAGGCGGCAGCGGCGUGGUCUUCACGCAACUCUUCCCGCUGCUGAAUGAGUGCGUGCGCGUGUGCAGCGGCGGCGGUAGUGGUGGCAGCUGCAAGGCCCGGGGGAAGUGCAAUCGCAGUGAAGAACCGCGAGUGUCACGCUUCUCUCCCAGCGCUGCUAAGACGUCAGCGCCGGUUGCUAGCGUGGCGCCUCUCUCAGUGGCACCUGCUAGCCUCGACAACUCGCUCACGUUGGCGGCCGCCUCUGCUGUCCGCCAUGACCUGCCUACAGUUCUGUUCUUUUCCGCCUCGUGCCCCGCUAGCGCGGAGCGCAAGCCAGAAACAGCCACCACCUCUCCACCGCUGCUGCCGCUUUCGAUACCGGCCCCGGUGAGAAGUCGCCUGUGUGGCGGUACCGUCGUGCCCACGCGCUCGGCAAACGCGGCCUCGCAGCUGAUGCCAGCGCAUGCCUAUCUAGCCUCGCAGAGGGUCGUCACCGUGGCCGUGGAGAGCUUUGUGCUGAGCGAUGCAGUGUGCGGCUGGUCGUACCCGGAGAAGCAAGCGGAGCAGCUCGCCUUCGUGCGCUUCGCACUCGAGUGGGACAUGGGCUACGAGCUGGCGCUGGCCAUGAAAGCCCUGCGGCACAAGCGCACGGACGCCGAGGCGGCGGCGCAGGCGUUAGCGGCGGCAGAUGAUACGGCGCCGCACAGAGCGGAUCCUAUGCCUACAGCGCAGCCUCGAGGCCCUGCCCGCUCCCAGACUUCCUCGCGCGAAGCAGCAGCGCACGACCCCCACACCUCGAGCGCUCUCCCGCGCUCGUUGUGGCGCAGCAGCAGCAGCAGCGUAGGCGGUCGCCAAGAUGUCGAGUGGAGGCCGCAGCAGCGGCAGACCACAGAACCGUACUGCCCACAGCUUGGCGGCAUCUACUCCGGUGUCGCAGCUGGCCGAGAGCGACGUUGUGUGGGCAACAGCAGCGCACGUGGGCCCCCGCGCGUGCGUUCUGGCGCGCCGAGUGCUGGUCCGACUCACAUGGUCGACUGGGGAUACGGAGUACCGGUGCCGAGUCACGAGGAUGUGGAUGACAAGGUCGCAGCCAUGAUGGAAGAGAACGCGCGCAUCUGUGAGCGAAUGAUGGGCCAGCGUUGGGAGGCCGGUUGUGCCGGUUCCGCGAGCGGCGGUGCCCACACAAAUCGGCGCCCAUCGCAAGGCGGGGACGGCAGUGGGGUCGACGUGUCUGGCAGUCCCGCGUGGUCCUCUGGCGACGCCGCAACGACACUGAAUGACGCAGAAGGUGUCGAGGUGGGUCACGCGGACGCCGCACUCGCUGCAGAGUUGUCGAACGCGGCCGCCUGCGAUCCGCGUGCGCAGUGGUGGCGCGCUGCCGCUCAUGCCUGGCGCUCGCACCACGUCUCCUUCAUCAUAUCCAUCACUGCACAGCAGCUUGAAUACGCAUCGCUCAUGGGAGACGUGCAGUACAGCCUCGUUCUGUACAUCCUCUUUUGCCUCUGGUGGCGCCUGCACAGCGAAGUCGCGGAGGCGACCUACGCGAUGGCUCUCGAAGCACGCGCCCGUCGACACCACGUUGGCAGUGGAGUGAGCCGUGACAGUAGCGCUGGUGCGCGAGACAGACACCGUGCCGCAGCACCGCAGGAGAGCAGCCCUCGCAGCAAUGCAGGGCCUAGUCACCGACUGCACGCUGCCGCGCUUGCUCCAGGGAUAGCGGUGGAAGGAGAAGGCGGCGGCAGAGGUGGGCUGGGCGCCUCAGAGGCCGCGGCUGACCCCUUCCUCAGCACCGCUGCGCCGCCGCUACGAAGCCCGUCGAUGGACGACGACGACGUCGGCGCGGGGAGAACGCGAAUCGGCCUCCACUGUGUCAGUGACGUCACAGACAGCGACAACGGCGAAGACGCCACCGACGGCAAGAUCCCGCCGCUGGAAGAGGUGGAUGAGCUCCGUCAGCUCUGCCUCUUUUUUCUUCGGUGCCCGCUGAUGCCGCUCUCCCCUAACCUAACCUCGCAUCACCUUCGUAAGCAACUUCAUCCGCAUCUGCGUCCAUCCGCCAGCGUCGACACCCUCUCCUCUGUGAAGGGAGGCAGCACUGAGCCGGGAGACCGCGCCGGCAAUGCCAGCUCACCUGUGGGUGGCUUCUCUUCGAUAGCAACGCUGGCAGGCGGCGGUGGUGCACCACGGCUGACGGGGGGAUCCGAUAUGGUCGGCAAUCUUGGCAGAGGAGGUUGGUUGCGAGCCUCGGCCUCAAGCAGUCUUCCCUCGCGCAGCCAUAACAACAGCUCACAACGUCUCAACGACACGCCACAGGCUCUGCACCGGUCUGACAACAACGCCAAUGGUAGCCGCGCUGUCGUUAGGCAAGGGGCAGCCGCAGGUGGCAUAACGCCGGAGUCGCGCAAUGCCUACGCGGACUUGGAAGGGGUGAGUGGUGCGUGGAUGAACGCCCGGAAUGCUGAGGAUCUGUGCGCCACACCGGACUACUGCGCGCCGGAGGAGUGGAAGAUACGCGCCCUUCAAUGGCUGGAGACCUACACCGCAGACUUGUACGCGCGCCAGCUCUACGUGCCGCUCAACGAGCUCCUCCUCGUUAUGCCGGAAAUCUUUCGCGAGCCGACGAACCCGGUGCUGCCGCGCGCUGCGGACAUCGCGUACGAGAAGCAGAUGACCUAUGUGUACUGCGGUACCUGCUCAAAGGCGGAGCUGUGGAGCCGAGCCCAGCAGGACGCCGUUCCUGCCGCAGUGCGGUUGUACGAGCUAGUCGCGCGUCGUGGCCGCCACACCAGCAGCAGCGAAGAGGAAGGAGACGACAGCAACAGCAACAGCGGCGUCAGCAGCGCCAAGACGGCGAUAAGUGCCGGCAUGCGACGGUCGCGGCGCAAGGGACACGGCGAACACCAGCACGCUUCGGCGGCAAUUCGAUGUGGAUCGGAAGCGCACUACUACAGGGACGGUGGUGACUCGUCGUCUGUCGCGACAACGCCGUCAGUGGAGUCACCGACGUCCUCGAGCCCUUCGGUCGCUGCGGACGAUGAUGGUCCUGGGGCAAGGCUAGCUGAUGGAAGGCCCGCAUCGCCUUUUUGCUCGGGUGUCGGCUUGCCCUCCGAACACAGCACCAAUGAGCGUGCGGCAUCGGCCGUCGAUCCGCUCCAUGAAGCGACCCCUCUGGAGAAGGUAGUCAUUGGCCGAGAGCCGCGGCUGGACGGUAGCAGCAGCCGUGCCAGUACAACCGGAAGGUCGCACCUGAACGCAGGCGCCGCCGGCGAGAGCGCAGCAGCGUGCCCGGCAGCGUUGUUGGUGCAAUGUCCCCAGUCUGCCUUUGCUUCUUCCUCUCGCCUGCUGCCGCGUGGCCAGCACAACCGACGUAUCACGCGUCUCCGCUCCCGUCACAGCCGUCGCAGCCUCGACGACGUUGUCGACGGUGCUCCCGACGCUGAGCGAGACGGGGGCAACGCCGACGAAGGGGAAGAGUCGCACUUUGCGGGUGCCGGUGUGGGCAUGGCCCGUCGUCCCGAGCGGCGCACCGCCGUUGGCUGCGACGGGCGCGACGCGAACCCCACCGCGAACAACGCGGCGUGUCGGCGCUGCCACAACCGCUGCGCCAUGACGUGCGUCAUCUGCGAAGAAGUUGUGGAGGGCAUGUUCUUCUGGCUUCGAUCCUGUGGGCAUGGCGGUCACGUGCACCACAUGGAGGAGUGGCUGCGGUACUCGCAGGAGUGCCCGAAGUGCGGUGUCCCCAUCACACAAACGUGGAAGGGCAACUGA